CGGUGCCGCCGCCGCCGCCGCCGCCUGCCCCGGUCCGCGGGGGCCCUGCCGGCCGCCCUCCCCGCAGCAUGGCACCCUCGGGGCGCGAUUAGCCGGGAGCAGCUUUGGGGGAAGCGGGAUCUCCAGGGGUGGGGGGGUGCCCCGCAGCCUCGGUCAUGGAUGUGAGCAAGAUGACUGUCAGCAUCAAUAAGGCCAUUAAUACGCAGGAAGUGGCUGUAAAGGAAAAACAUGCCAGAACAUGCAUACUGGGCACCCACCAUGAGAAAGGGGCACAGACCUUCUGGUCUGUUGUCAACCGCCUGCCUCUGUCUAGCAACGCAGUGCUCUGCUGGAAGUUCUGCCAUGUGUUCCAUAAACUCCUCCGAGACGGACACCCGAACGUCCUGAAGGACUCUCUGAGAUACAGAAAUGAAUUGAGUGAUAUGAGCAGGAUGUGGGGCCACCUGAGCGAGGGGUAUGGCCAGCUGUGCAGCAUCUACCUGAAACUGCUGAGAACCAAGAUGGAGUACCACACCAAAAAUCCCAGGUUCCCAGGCAACCUGCAGAUGAGUGACCGCCAGCUGGAUGAGGCUGGAGAAAGUGACGUGAACAACUUUUUCCAGUUAACAGUGGAGAUGUUUGACUACCUGGAGUGUGAACUCAACCUCUUCCAAACGGUGUUCAACUCCCUGGACAUGUCCCGCUCUGUGUCUGUGACGGCAGCAGGGCAGUGCCGCCUCGCCCCGCUAAUCCAGGUCAUCUUGGACUGCAGCCACCUUUAUGACUACACUGUCAAGCUUCUCUUCAAACUCCACUCCUGCCUCCCAGCCGACACCCUGCAAGGCCACCGGGACCGCUUCAUGGAGCAGUUUACAAAGUUGAAAGAGCUGUUCUACCGCUCCAGCAACCUGCAGUACUUCAAGCGGCUCAUUCAGAUCCCCCAGCUGCCUGAGAACCCACCCAACUUCCUGCGAGCCUCAGCCCUGUCAGAACACAUCAGCCCCGUGGUGGUGAUCCCUGCAGAGACCUCAUCCCCCGACAGUGAGCCAGUCCUAGAGAAGGAUGACCUCAUGGACAUGGAUGCCUCUCAACAGAGUUUAUUUGACAACAAGUUUGAUGACAUCUUUGGCAGUUCAUUCAGCAGUGAUCCCUUCAAUUUCAACAGUCAAAACGGCGUGAACAAGGAUGAGAAGGACCACUUAAUUGAGCGACUAUACAGAGAGAUAAGUGGACUGAAGGCACAGCUAGAAAACAUGAAGACGGAGAGCCAGCGGGUUGUGCUGCAGCUGAAGGGCCGCGUCAGCGAGCUGGAAGCAGAGCUGGCUGAGCAGCAGCACCUGCGGCAGCAGGCGGCCGAUGACUGUGAGUUCCUGCGGGCAGAACUGGACGAGCUCAGGAGGCAGCGGGAAGACACCGAGAAGGCUCAACGGAGCCUGUCUGAGAUAGAAAGGAAAGCCCAAGCCAAUGAACAGCGAUAUAGCAAGCUGAAGGAGAAGUACAGCGAGCUGGUUCAGAACCACGCUGACCUGCUACGGAAGAAUGCAGAGGUGACCAAACAGGUGUCCGUGGCCAGACAAGCCCAGGUAGAUUUGGAACGAGAGAAAAAACAGCUGGAGGAUUCAUUGGAGCGCAUCAGUGACCAGGGCCAGCGGAAGACUCAAGAACAGCUGGAAGUUCUAGAGAGCUUGAAGCAAGAACUCGCCACAAGCCAACGGGAGCUUCAGGUUCUCCAAGGCAGCCUGGAAACUUCUGCCCAGUCAGAAGCAAACUGGGCAGCCCAGAUCGCCGAGCUAGAGAAGGAGCGGGACAGCCUGGUGAGCGGCGCAGCUCAUAGAGACGAGGAAUUAUCCGCUCUUCGGAGAGAACUGCAGGACACUCAGCUCAAACUGGCCAGCACAGAGGAAUCUAUGUGCCAGCUUGCCAAAGACCAACGAAAAAUGCUUCUGGUGGGGUCCAGGAAGGCUGCGGAGCAGGUGAUACAAGACGCCCUGAACCAGCUUGAAGAACCUCCUCUCAUCAGCUGCGCUGGGUCUGCAGAUCACCUCCUCUCCACAGUCACGUCCAUUUCCAGCUGCAUUGAACAACUGGAGAAAAGCUGGAGCCAGUAUCUGGCCUGCCCGGAAGACAUCAGUGGACUUCUCCAUUCCAUAACCCUGCUGGCCCACUUGACCAGCGACGCCAUUUCUCAUGGUGCCAGCACCAGCCUCAGAGCCCCACCUGAGCCUGCCGACUCACUGACCGAGGCCUGUAAGCAGUACGGCAGGGAAACCCUCGCCUACCUGGCCGCCCUGGAGGAAGAGGGAACCCUUGAGAAUGCUGACAGCACAGCCAUGAGGAACUGCCUGAGCAAGAUCAAGGCCAUCGGCGAGGAGCUCCUGCCCAGGGGCCUGGACAUCAAGCAGGAAGAGCUGGGGGACCUGGUGGACAAGGAGAUGGCGGCCACUUCAGCUGCUAUUGAAACCGCCACGGCCAGAAUAGAGGAGAUGCUCAGCAAAUCCCGAGCAGGAGAUACAGGAGUCAAACUGGAGGUGAAUGAAAGGAUCCUUGGUUGCUGUACCAGCCUCAUGCAAGCUAUUCAGGUGCUGAUUGUAGCCUCUAAGGACCUCCAGAGAGAGAUUGUGGAGAGCGGCAGGGGUACAGCAUCCCCUAAAGAGUUUUAUGCCAAGAACUCUCGAUGGACAGAAGGACUCAUCUCAGCCUCCAAGGCUGUGGGCUGGGGAGCCACUGUCAUGGUGGAUGCAGCUGAUCUGGUGGUACAAGGCAGAGGGAAAUUUGAGGAGCUAAUGGUGUGUUCGCAUGAAAUUGCUGCUAGCACAGCCCAGCUUGUGGCUGCAUCCAAGGUGAAAGCUGAUAAGGACAGCCCCAACCUAGCCCAGCUGCAGCAGGCCUCUCGGGGAGUGAACCAGGCCACUGCCGGCGUCGUGGCCUCAACCAUUUCCGGCAAAUCACAGAUUGAAGAGACAGACAACAUGGACUUCUCAAGCAUGACGCUGACACAGAUCAAACGCCAAGAGAUGGAUUCCCAGGUUAGGGUGCUAGAGCUAGAAAAUGAAUUGCAGAAGGAGCGUCAAAAACUGGGAGAGCUUCGGAAAAAGCACUACGAGCUUGCUGGUGUUGCUGAGGGCUGGGAAGAAGGAACAGAGGCAUCUCCACCUACACUGCAAGAAGCGGUAACCGAAAAAGAAUAGAGCCAAACCGAUACCCCAUAUGUCAGUGUAAAUCCUUAUUACCUAUCUCGUGUGUGUCAUUUCCCCAGCCACAGGCCAAAUCCUUGGAGUCCCAGGGGCAGCCACACCACUGCCAUUACCCAAUGCCGAGGACCUGCAUGACACUUCCAAAGACUCCCUCCAUAGCGACACCCUUUCUGUUUGGACUCAUGGUCAUCUCUGUUCUUUCCCCGCCUCCCUAGUUAGCAUCCAGGCUGGCCAGUGCUGCCCAUGAGCAAGCCUAGGUGCAGAGAGGGGUGGUGGGGGACAGGGCCACUCAACAGAGAGGACUUCCAUCCAGUCCUGCUGACUAUUUGACCCCCACAACAAUGGGUAUCCUUAAUAGAGGGGCUGCUUGUUGUUCGUUGACAGCUUGGAGAGGGAAGAUCUUACGCCUUUUCUUUUCUGUUUUCUUCUCAGUCUUUUCAGUUUCAUCAUUUGCACAAACUUGUGAGCAUCAGAGGGCUGAUGGAUUCCAAACCAGGACACUACCCUGAAAUCUGCACAGUCAGAAGGACAGCAGGAGUGUCCUGGCUGUGAAUGCCAAGGCCAUUCUCCCCUUCUUUGGGCAGUGCCAUGGAUUUCCACUGCUUCUUAUGGUGGUUGGUUGGGUUUUUUGGUUGUAUUUUUUUUUUUUUUUAAGUUUCACUCACAUAGCCAACUCUCCCAAAGGGCACACACCUGGAGCUGAGUCUCCAGGGCCCCCCACUGUGGCAGCUCCGGCGAUGGUGCUGUCCAGGCCUCUCGGUGCUCCACCUCCGCCUCUACGCUGAGCAAGUGCUGGCCCACCCAGUCCAUGCUCCAGGGUCAGGCGGAGCUGCUGAGUGACAGCUUUCCUCAAAAGGCAGAAGGAGUGAGUGCCUUUCCCUCCUAAAGCUGAACCCCAGCGGAAAGCCUCUGUCCACCUUCACAAGGGAGAAGACAACAGAAAGAGGGACAAGAGGGUUCACACAGCCCAGGUCUUCACAGGACACGUUUCUUAGGAGUUCCUGUGACCAGGCUCAAAAAUUUUUAUCACAUGCUUGAAUGGAACUGGUGAGAUCAACACUACUUCCCCGCCGGAAUGAACUGUCCAUGAACGGUCUGUGUCAAGUGGGCCAUCUCCCUUGGCCCAGAGAGGGAGCGUGGGAGCGAUUCCCAACUCCUUUCUGCAGACGUCUGCCUUGGCAUCCUCUUGAAUAAAAAGAUCGUUCCACCUUCUACGCAAUUGACAAACCCGGAAGAUCAGACGCAAUUGCUCCCAUCAGGAAAGAACCCUAUACUUGGUUUGCUACCCUUAGUAUUUAUUACUAACCUCCCUUAAGCAGCAACAGCCUACAAAGAGAUGCUUGGAGCAAUCAGGACUUCAGGUGUGACUAUAGCAAGGCUCAUCUUUCUGCCCGGCUACAUCAGCCUUCAAGAAUCAGAAGCAAGGCCAAGGUGCUGGACUGUUACUGACUUGGAUCCCAAAGCAAGGAGAUCAUUCAGAGCUCUUGAGUCAGAGAAAACGAGAAAGGACAGAGCCAGCGGCUCUAACUCCUUUCAGCCAUAUGCCCCAGGCUCUCGCUGCCCUGUGGACAGGAUGAGGACAGAGGGCACAUGAACAGUUUGCCAGGGAUGGGCAGCCCAACAGCACUUUUCCUGUUCUAGAUGGACCCCAGCAUUUAAGUGACCUUCUGAUCUUGGAAAAACAGCGUCUUCCUUCUUUAUCUAUAGCAACUCAUUGGUGGUAGCCAUCAUGCACUUCCCAGGAUCUGCCCCAACAGAACAUUGCUAGGUUUUGCUACAUGACGGGUUGUGAGACUUCUGUUUGAUCACUGUGAACCAACCCCCAUCUCCCUAGCCCACCCCCCUCCCCAACUCCCUCUCUGUGCAUUUUCUAAGUGGGACAUUCAAAAAACUCUCUCCCAGGACCUCGGAUGACCAUACUCAGAGGUGUGACCUCCAUACUGGGCUAAGGAAGUAUCAGCACCAGAAAUUGGGCAGUCUUGUGUUGAAUGCUGCUUUCUGCUUAGUAUUUUUUUUUUAUUCAAGGCUCAGAAGGAAUGGUGCAUGGCUUCCCUGUCCCAGUUGUGGCAACUAAACCAAUCAGUGUGUUCUUGAUGCGGGUCAACAUUUCCAAAAGUAGCUAGUCCUCACUUCUAGAUCUCAGCCAUUCCAACUCACACGUUUCAAAUUACCAGUGGGGUGGCCGGGCACCACUGUACCCGUGGCUCACGCCUGUAAUCCCAGCACUUUGAGAGGCCAAGGCAGGUGGAUCACCUGAGGUCAGGAGUUCGAGACUAGCCUGGCUAAUGUGGUGAAACCCUGUCUCUACUAAAAAUACCAAAAAUUAGCCAAGCAUAGUGGCGGGUGCCUGUAAUCCCAGCUACUCAGGAGGCUGAGACAGGAGAAUCUCCUGAACCCCGGAGGCAGAGGUUGCAGUGAGCUGAGAUCACGCCAUUGUACUCCAGCCUGGGCAACAAGAGCAAAACUCCGUCUCAAAAAAAACCAAAAAAAACAAAUUACAAAUGGGGCAAAAAGUCUAGUGUACUGGAUCAAAUUAAGAUUCUCUGCCCAGCUGAGCACAGUGGCUCACGCCUGUAAUCCCAGCACUUUAGGAGGCCAAGGCGGGAGGAUUGCUUGAGCUCAGGAGUUUGAGACCAGGCUGGGCAUCAUAGCGAGACCUCGUCUCUACUAAAAUUCAAAAACAAAAUUAGCCGGGUAUGAUGGUGCACAUGCCUGUAGUCUCGGCUAGUUGGGGAGCUGAGGUGGGAGAAUUGCUUGAGCUUGGGAAGUUGAGGCUGCAGUCAGCCCUGACUGUGCCACUGCACUCCAGCCUGGGUGACGGAGUGAGACCCUGUCACAAAAAAAAAAAAAAGAUUCUCUGUCCGAGCCCAGCCCAGGAGUUUGAGGCUGCAAUGAGCCAUGAUUGCACCACUGCACUCCAGCCUGAGUGACAGAGCAAGACUCCAUCUCUUUAAAAACAAACAAAAAAUUGUUUGUUUUUAAAGCCACAGAAAUGUUUAAAACCUUCGUCGACUUAGCCUGAGUCAUAACAGUUAAGAAAGCACUUAAACAGAAGCAGGGGCUAAGUCAGUGUCACAUGAGGAAGUAACUGUCAGAUGUCACAUAAUUACUUUCAUAAUAGCUCAGAUUAGGCCGGGCGCGGUGGCUCAAGCCUGUAAUCCCAGCACUUUGGGAGGCCGAGACGGGCGGAUCACGAGGUCAGGAGAUCGAGACCAUCCUGGCUAACACGGUGAAACCCCGUCUCUACUAAAAAAUCCAAAAAACUAGCCGGGCGAGGUGGUGGGCGCCUGUAGUCCCAGCUACUCGGGAGGCUGAGGCAGGAGAAUGGUGUAAACCCGGGAGGCGGAGCUUGCAGUGAGCUGAGAUCUGGCCACUGCACUCCAGCCUGGGCGACAGAGCGAGACUCCGUCUCAAAAAAAAAAAAAAAAAAUAGCUCAGAUUAGAACGGCUACCCCAUUCUCUAGACAAAAUCAAAUUUUCCUAUUGUGACUCUUCUAAAAAUGAAGAUGAAGAGGUAUUUAGUGACACACCUUGGAUUAAAACGGGAAUCACAUCUUAAAGCUAAAAAUGAACCUGCCAGCCUUUUAAAUGAGUCACUGAGCAUCACUAGUGACAAGUCUCGGGUGAGUGUAAAUGGGUCAUGACAAGAUGAGAGAGCAACAAAAUAAUGGCUUAGGAUCAAUAAGAAGUUGAAAAACAGCAUCUGUUACUUAAGUUUGUAAGACAGUGCCCUAAGACCUCUAGAGAAAAGAUGUUUGUUUACAUAAGAGAAAGAGGCCGGAUGUGGUGCCUCACUCCUGUAAUCCCAACACUUUGGGAGGCAGGGGUGGGUGGAUCACCUGAGGUCAGGAGUUCAAUACUAGCCUGGCCACCAUGGUGAAACCCCGUCUCUACUAAAAAUACAAAAAUUAGUCGGGUGUGGUGGUGGGCACCUGUAAUCCCAGCUACUGGGGAGGCAGAGGCAGGAGAAUUGCUUGAACCUAGGGGACGGAGGUUGCAGUGAGCCAAGAUCACACGGCUGUACUGCAGCCUGGGUGACAGAGUGAGACUCCGUCUCAAAAAAAAAAAAAAAGAGAGAGAGAGAAAGAAACAGAAGAGAAGAGCCACCUUGGCAGGGUUAUUUUAUAUCUGAGCAAGGAGUUUCAAUGAGACUAGUUUAGAUUGUUUGCUGAUGCGGCCGUCCAUAGCAGUACCCCUAAAAUCCCACCAGAAUAUGGGUCCCUCUAACCCAGUGACUGGAAGAACCACUGUCUAGAGCAACUUUUCUUGGAACUGUCCCAGCUACCAAGUCAGACACCAAGGUUUCUGCCACCAGGUAACACGGGGAUCACAGGUACAUGUCGCUCUGGUCAGAUUAGUUGGCUUUGGUCCCUCGACCCUGUGGAGGAGCUAGUUCUCAGCUUGCACCUGGAAGCUCUUUCUUAGCUCCUUAGUCUAGAGGGGUCUCCUGGCUCCACUUGACCCUGGUCUUUAAUAACUGGUCAGUAUCUUGCUACCUUCUACCACCUUUCCAAAUCUCUGGAAGUCCUGCCAGGGAAAGCCUCCAGUUCCAACAUUGGCUUUCCAAGCAAACUGGCUUUGCCCUCUCUCUGCCAUCCUUGUCCUCCAGAGACGGUACCACCUGUAGCAUAGAAAAACACCACCACGGACCUGCCAGCCAUCGACGCAGCAAACCAGGCCGACUGUUUGCUGCCAAAUUCCUUCCUCUCCCAGGUCCAGACCAAACACAACAUCAGCACCACACCGUGGUGUUGUCAGGAGCCAAAGCAACAGGAAACAAUUCAAUGCUGUUGGGUUCGAUUCUGAGAGUAGAUUUUUCCAGACAUGUCUUUCAGGUGACCCUCAACUACCUCAGGUUUGAAGGCCCUAAAUGAAACUGAUUACCACUCACAGGGGCAAACCGAGGGGGGUUCGGUUACAUCUUGGUGAUAAUGCAAUUGUCUCAAACUGAUAACAAACUCUUUCACAUUUCGGUUUGCAGGGGUAGGGUUGGGUUUGUUUUUCUUCUCUUCUGUGUUUACCCUUUCCCCCGGGUUUCCAGUAGGGUAGUUCCUUGAAAUGAAUUUCAUUUUUCACUGAGUGCCUACCUUCCCAGGGCAGGUGGCCACUGGCUUCUGUUUCCCUCCAACAAUACUUUUAUUAUGGUAUUAAGACCUUUCUUUGUAUAAUACAUUGCAUCUGUGUUUUCAAUUUUUCAAAUAAAUAUUUCCGCCUGGCAA